AUGGAUUGCAAAAACUGUGAGCUGAAAGCCAGGCAUUUCUACUGCGCAGAGUGUCUACGCAAGCAUUUAUUAGACUUUAGGCGGAAGACACAGCACGCGGCUGCCGAGCGGGAUGAACAGGUAGCCAAGGCAUCCAGGGCUUUGCACUCCGUAGAAAGGGCGCGCAGGAGGAGAGCUGAUCUGGCCGAGCGCCAAGCCAGAGUACAGCAAGUCUCAGCAGCGCUAACGAAACUGAGGAAGGAAAAUGACAAAGCCCGCGAACGACUCAGGUCUCUCCGCGAAAGCCUAGCCACGCGACGGCGAAACAUCUCCGCAGCGAAACUCCUGCCCGUGCCUGCGCUCGACCCCAUCAUUUCGCGCGAAUCCCAGGAACUCUCUGCACUGUCGGAUACACUGGCACGGGCUCGCUCGGGCCUCGUGCAAGAGCUUGUGGAGGUGUUCCAUGUGGUGGAGGUUGGGGGGAGGCCGCCUAUAGGUGGGAAGGCGGGCACCAAAGGCGAGUGGACCAUCGGUGACUUGGUGCUCCCCGUGCCUGGUGAUAUACGGCGUUACCCUCCAGACCAUAUCAAUGCGGUCAUCACACAUACCAUCCAUUUCUUGGGGCUGCUGACUUUCUACCUCGGCAUCAAACUUCCGUUCGAGGUGACGUGGAGCGGUAAGAAGCUCGGUGUUGGUCAGCCUUGGAUUGGGGCUACCAGGGGCACCGAUCACGGCGGAUGGGCCAGAUGGUAUUCGAAACAGCCGUUACAUCUGUCUUCUGCGCCUGCGAGCACGAUGGGUCCCACGACUUCCGCGCCGCCGAUAUCCGCCUCGAUGUCCGAGUCAUAUGUCGAUGCUGCGGCGUCAUCCCAGUCUUCAUUCACGACAGCGUUUGCAAUGCUGCUGUACAACGUGUGCUACCUCGCGUACACGCAGUCCGUAGACGUGCCGCUUUCACAGGCCGGCGACGUCCUGAGCAACUUGUGGGCCGUUUGCUGCAGCUCAGAUCUGGGCCGCCGAUCGCAUGAGACUCACCCUUUGCUCCCCCCGCCUACGCCGCCCAGUUUCGGUCUUGACUUUGCGCAACUUUUGCAAGCGACGGCUGCCAGGCCUGUUCCUCGACAACGAGCGAAGGUGCAUCGCUCAUCUACUGAUACUCCUCGCCUCGUCCAUAAACCGCAAGCUAUAGCAGAGGAAGAAGACGGUUGGGAUCUUAUCGAGGAUGUUGAAGAGGGCAGUUUUGGUGGCUAGAGGACGCCUUUCUG